AUGCAUCGAAUCGCUAAGAGAAUAGAAGAGAGGGAGAAAGAGCAGUUUGUCCUCGGAACCGAGAUACUUGAUCUCAGCGACACCGUGGAGGAUCAGGGAGUUUCAAUUCGCUACUCUUCGCGCCGUACGACCACGCUCGGGGGAGACGGCGACCCCGAAAGUCCCUGGAGGGAACAAGGAACAAUUGACAACUCACUCAACAUUCGAAAUUGUGGCGUCGUUAAAAUGCCUUCGCGUUUAUCAACCCCCGUACUAACGGUGGACACGGCCAAAAUCCACAAGGUCGAUACCGCCAAUGCACAGAGCCUACAUGGGAUGUGGAUGGUAUUCUCGAAAUGCGCCGACUACAUGGAAGAAGGACGUCGACUUGAGAAUCUCAGCUGGAGACUCUGGACCCGCGAGACAUUCUGCGUGGAGCCGGAGACUAGCAGCGAUACCUCGGUCUUGCCACUCCUCCGCACAGAAACCGCGGAUAUGCCAGAACUUUCUGCUAGUGUCGAAUCUGCCGCCUCUGAGCAGGCCGACAGGAUUGAGCAGCACAUCAGACGGCCGAAGGUUGAUCUCAAACCUGCGGUGGUCCGUGAAGACUCAAGCCCUCUUCUGAGUUUGGCUCGCGGGAAAGAGAAACAUAUCACAUCCGAAGGCUUGGAACGCAUGGUACUGAACAUCAAGGAGAAGAAGAGCUUGGAGCCUAUUCCUCCUCAACCGUUGACCGCUCCCAUUCCUCCUGUCGUGGACAUCACCUCUCGUCCGUCCACUCCGACUUCUUCCUCCCCUACCGUCUCCACAGUGAAGCGGACGCCCUCCCCGCCAUCAUAUCCUCUCCGCCAACAACAGAACCAAUCCACGGAGUCCUGCUCGACUACAGCGCCCGAAGGCAAUGAGAGCGACAACAGUGCCGGUGCUGCUGCUUCCGAUACUAGUGUUUCGUCUUCCGGCAUCAUCCCCAUGCGCUGUGAUUUAAUCAAGUCGCCGAGCAUCGUCCGUGGCUUCUCUCCUUCGCUUGUAUCCUCAUCCUACCGGUCGCAGCCCAGAUUGGCGCCCGAACCUGGACCAGCCAAGCAGUCAGGACAGCUCAAACCCAUGCCUUUCAAUAAGAAGAAAGGGGGCAUGUUCACACUGGGAGGGUCCUCUGGAGAUGACGAGAGCUCAUUUGAAGAUCGCAUCACGAUGCGGGGCCCACACCGGAGCUCACUGUCUGACGAAUUGAGCAAGCCCACGUCGAGCAAUCAGAGUCCGAAGAAGAAGGUGGCCUCGUUCAGGGAUGAGAACGGAAUCAUCAAACCCACUCGAGAACGGCUUGCGGAACAUGAAGACGCCAUUGAGACGGACGACGAGGUUUCCGAAAGCGCCAUCGAGGAUGAUUCAGACUCCGACUGGGAGGACUCGGUUACGGAAAGUGGCCGGUCGAGUGUUGAAGAGCGCGAGCUGUUCCAGCGGGUCGAUUCUCGGCCUAAUCUCGUGUCCCGUCGCUCGAUGCUGACCAUGAUGAUGCAUCAACCCACUAAAAUGGGCGCGGCCUCCCGGUCCACCCCGGCCCUUCAACGUUCCCGUCUCACCUCACCCAACGGCCCCUCGAUCCCGGCUUCCCCGCCUGACGACGAUGGGAACCUUACGAUGCGCGGUCCCGACGUGCCUCGUUCCAAGCCGAUUGUCAUGAAGCCUACCCCUCAAGCGAUUGCUCACUCGCCACGCACCACUCGACGCAAUAUGCUGGCCACGGAACUGACGGAGUCUCUCCGUCGCCACUUGCUGUGGGAACGCCAGCAGAAGAGUGCCACUGCAAAUGCGUUCCUGAAGCGACGCCAUACCGCUCACGAUAUGGCAAACCUACAAGAAUAUCCUGGUCCCAAGGGCGCCCAGAAGGGUCAAGCCGCGGGUCAGAAUGCAGGUUCCACAAUGAAGUCUACGAGCCACGGCAAAGACAAGACCGGCUCCUGGAAUAACUACACCGACUUUGGGCCUUGGGAAUACCAUGUGAAAGGAUGGUAA